AUGACGGACCGAAGAGUAUCGUACUUUUACAACGCGGACGUGGGAAACUUCCACUAUGGAGCCGGGCAUCCAAUGAAGCCGCAGCGCCUGGCUGUCACCCACAGUCUGGUGAUGAACUACGGGCUUCAUAAGAAAAUGAAAAUUUACAGGCCGUACAAGGCCAGUGCUCAGGACAUGCUUCGGUUUCACAGCGAUGAGUACAUAGCCUACCUCCAGCAGGUGACGCCUCAAAACAUCCAGUGCAAUUCCGUGGCCUACACUAAGUAUCUAGCGCACUUCAGCGUGGGUGAGGACUGUCCCGUAUUCGACGGCCUUUUCGACUUCUGUGCGAUGUACACGGGCGCCUCCUUAGAGGGAGCCCAGAAGCUGAACCAUAACCACAGCGACAUCUGCAUUAACUGGUCAGGAGGACUGCAUCAUGCCAAGAAGUUUGAGGCAAGCGGGUUUUGUUAUGUAAAUGACAUUGUGAUUGGCAUACUGGAGCUGCUGAAGUACCAUCCUCGAGUGCUUUACAUAGACAUCGAUGUGCACCACGGCGAUGGUGUGCAGGAGGCAUUCUACCUUACUGAUCGAGUAAUGACGGCCUCAUUUCACAAAUACGGCAAUUACUUCUUUCCAGGCACAGGUGACAUGUAUGAGAUUGGCGCGGAAUCGGGUCGAUACUACAGCGUGAAUGUGCCGCUCAAGGAAGGCAUUGAUGAUCAGAGCUACUUUCAGGUGUUCAAACCCAUCAUCUCGGCCAUUAUGGACUUUUAUCGACCAACGGCAAUUGUUUUGCAGUGUGGAGCGGAUUCUCUAGCAGGGGAUCGACUUGGUUGCUUCUCUUUGAGCACUAAGGGACACGGAGAGUGUGUCAAAUUUGUGAAGGAGCUGAAUGUACCAACUUUAGUCGUUGGAGGUGGUGGCUAUACGCUGCGAAACGUGGCCCGCUGCUGGACGCAUGAGACUUCGCUGCUGGUGGACCAAGACAUUGAAAAUGAUCUUCCUGCCACCGAGUAUUACGACUUCUUUGCCCCCGACUUCACUCUCCAUCCAGAGAUUAACUCACGGCAGGAUAAUGCAAACUCAAAGCAAUACCUUGAAUUAAUAGUAAAGCAUGUUUAUGAGAACCUUAAGAUGUGCCAGCACUCCCCUAGCGUCCAAAUGGUGCAGACUCCACCAGAUGUGGAUUUAGAAGAGCUGCGUAACAAUCGUGAUGAGGCGGCCGACCCCGAUGUGCGAAUGUCCGUGGCUGAUGAAGACAAAAUGGUUGAUGCUAAGAACGAGUUCUACGACGGCGAUCAAGAUCAAGAUAAGCCUGACUCUGCGGAGAGUUAGUAUUGGUCAACGUAGUGUAAAAUGUUUAGUGUAAGCAGUAAAGAGCAGCAGGCUAGGUGUAAUUUAAUGUGGAUCUACUUAAUGGGAGGGAUUUGUUCUAAAAAUACAAUAUUUAAAAAGCU